AGACUGUUAACGAACGCACAGGAGGAGGACGUGCACGCGCAGAGAGAGUCUGGAGUCAACGACACACACCUCACUGGCUCUUCAGUCGUGUGUUUUUUUCUUAUAGCGGAGCAUCAGACUGACUGACCGGCGGACAGACACCGAGCCCCGCCGUGAACCUGCAGGAGAAGCCGCUCUCCUGGGGGAGCAUGAUCAUCAUGACUCGCUCGCCGGACAGCAGGACUUGAGACCUGCGGUUUGUCAGUGAUUGUGUCUUACUGAACACCCAGAAUUUCCUCCACUUCCAUCAUCUGGAUUUGCUUCAACACUAGAACUAAUCAUGCUUUGGAAAACGGCACUGAUUUUUCUGUGCUGGGGCUUGACGUCCGGGGAGCUACAGAACGGGCUGUCCGCCACUCCUGCUGCUCCAGCGCGGAGAACUUUGGAUUUCGGCUUCGUCCCCUCCGGAGUUUACGAUACUGUUGCCUAUUAUGAGCCUGGAGCCAUUGGGAUUUUAUUUAACAUGAUGCACGCUUUCCUCUUUGUGGUUCAGCCCAACCCGUUUCCUGAAGAUCUCGUCAUUAGCGCGGCAAAGGAUAAAUUUGGAGCCAUACAGUCCGAGUACCAGAAGCCAGAAAACAUUGUUCUGACGCUACAGGUAAUAUAUUAUGAGCUUGGGUUUGUGGUGUGUGCGGCGCUGGGCCUGCUGUUCACCGUGCUGCUGCCGCUGGUCGGGCUUCUCUUCUGUUUGUGCCGCUGCUGUGAUAACUGUGGAGGAGAGAUGCACCAGAGACAGAGGAAGAACGCAGACUGCCUUCGAGGACUGCUGACCACACUCUUACUCACCACCACCUUCAUCAUCACGGCUGGGGUCCUUUGUGCUUAUGCAGCCAAUCAGAACCUGAGUUCGCAGCUGAAGGGCAUGAGGAGGCUGGUGAAGAGUAACCUGAAAGACCUGCACACCUUCGCCAAUCAGACGCCUGCACAAAUUGAUUACCUGAUCUCUCGCUACGGCACCGUGAAGGAGCAGGUGCUGCAUGAUCUGGAGAAUGUAGGUGUGAUCUUGGGGGGAAGGAUACAUGAGGAGCUGGGCAAAGAGGUGAAGCCUGCUCUCGAUGCCACUCUCAGCAUGACCGGAAUCAAAGUGGAGAAAGCCAUUAAAGCAAUGCGAGACACUAAGGACGCUCUAGAGAAUGUGAGUCUGACCUUGGAGACUCUGCAGGAAGGAACAGUCAAACUGCAGGCAAACCUGAGUGUGGUGCGCAACAGCCUGAGAAACGCCCUGAACGAUCCCGUCUGUGUGGAUGCUCCAGCACCGGAGAUCUGUCGAAACAUACGCAACUCCAUUCCCAAGCUCGAAAUCGCAGCCAACUACUCAUCGUUGCCUGAUGUGACCGACCAGUUAAAUAAGGUGAAUGACGUUCUGAAGACGGAUCUCAGUCAGAUUGUGGCAAAGGGGAUUGCAUCUUUUAAUGACACUCCUGCUAUGGUAACCGCUCAAACUCGAAAUAUUGUUGAAGGGGUGAAGGUGUUGCUUGAUGACAUUGGAAAUAACAUCACCUCUUUCAGCAAGAUGUUGCCAGUUCACAGCUCUCUGGCCAACUUCACCAGAAUGAUCUCUCACACACACUCGCAGAUCGAGGACAUCUACCCGCAGAUUGAUCAGAUGGAUUUCUACAGGUGGAUCGGUUGCAUUACCCUGUGCUGUAUGAUUGUGCUCAUCCUCACCUUCAAUUUUCUGGGUCUGUUGUGUGGUAUUCUGGGAUUCGACAGACACGCUUCCCCAACCACACGUGGCUGUGUCUCCAACACAGGAGGGAACUUUCUCAUGGCCGGUGUGGGCUUCAGCUUCCUGUUCUCCUGGGUGCUCAUGGGAGUCAUAACAGCUUUGUUCCUGGCAGGAGGCAAUCUGGAGAAGCUCGUGUGUGAGCCCUUCCAAACACGACAGCUCUUCAAGGUGUUAGAUACUCCAUACCUGGUCAACUCUGCUUGGAGAAACUUUAUACCAGGAUACCUGUACAAUGACCCAGAGAUGGACCUUACAGCAUAUUCUCUCUACAGUAACUGUAAGGACAACAGAGGGAUUUACUCAGCUCUUCAUCUGGACAGAAUCUUCAACAUCUCAUCCUUCUUUAACACCAGUGUUUACUCCAAGGAUGUGUCCAGGAAGUUUGAAGGACUGAAGGUGGAUUUACGGGGCAUCAUUCUUCUUGAGUCUGAAGGCAAAGUCAACCUCAACAACUUCUCUGAAACUGGCAUUAAUGAGAUCGACUUUGCUGCCUAUUUAGAGGAGGUUAAUAAAGGAGUGACUCGAAUAGAUCUCAUUGAUUUCGCCAAUCAACUCGAUGCUCAAGCUGAUCAGUUGUCUAAAGGGACGUUACAGACUUCAUUAAAGGGACAUGCGAACACUAUAAGGCAGAUCCACAUCCAACAAGUCGUCCCACUGGAGCAGUCCAUGAAAUAUGUGAAAGCGAGGAGCACACUUAAUCAGAGCAUCAGACUUCUGGAAAGGACGUCCUCAGAUCUGCCUCUCCGAGUUGAAGAUGUUCUUAAAGCCGUUGAUGAUGCCCAGAACCUGAUUUCCUACAAUGCAACAUUUGUGAUCAAUCAGGAAACUGAGAAAUACAAGCAGAACAUCAUUGGCUAUUUUAAGCAGUACAUAGACUGGAUCAGGACAUCUCUGGCUCUGGAGGUCGCCACCUGUAAACCACUCAGCAACAUUGUGGACACGGUGGAGAUCCUGGGCUGCGGUUUCUUGCUGGAUUCAAUGAACACUUUCUGGUUUGGACUGGGCUGCUGCACACUCUUUCUGCUCCCUAGCAUUAUCCUGUCUGUCAAGCUCGCCAAGUUUUACCGCAGAAUGGACACAGAGGAUGUUUAUGACGACAUUGAGACAUUUCCCAUGAAAACUAUGGAAAUUGGUUAUAAUGGUUAUUAUAAUGAACUUUUAGAAGGUAUCCAAAGCCAUGUAAUGGAAAGCAUCCCUACCUAUGACACUAUGACCCGCUUCCCACGGGCCUCUGCGCCCCCGCGCCACGCCGACUGGUGACUCUCAGGACCACCAUCUGCUUUUAACUACUGAAAGCGAUAUUGGACACUGGAAUUGAAUCUUUGUGGAAUACUCUCCAUGUUGAACAGCAGGCUCAGCUCAGACUGACGACAUUAAGAAAAGGAAACUCACAUACUUGAAGCUGGGACCUGUUGUCUGUGUUUCUCCAUAACACCAAUCGAGACUUUCUUUAAAAUGUCUUGUUGUUUUUGACUGUUUUGCACGUUAAUCAUUAUUAGUACUGUCCCUCAACGAGCUCUGACAUCACUUCUUGUCACAGUCAGAGAGGCUUCACAGUAUAUGGCUGUUUAACUACUACAUGUGUCUUUGUUUACAGUCGUUGAGAAAUCACGUGUGACGGGCAUAACAAUGCUUCAACUGCUGCAUUCUUGUGUAUUUUUUCGUUCCUUUUUAUAGUGCUUUUUAACAUUGUGGAGAAUUGAACACGUCCACGUCGAGUCCACUGAGAGGCCGAAGGGAUUUUUAUUGAAACAGAGCAAGCCAGCCACCCGUGAGCCGCAAAUAUUACACAUAAACAACAGUGUAGAUGGAAAACAUAGCAGCUAGUGCUAGUUCAGUACUGACAAAUGUUGUUAAGCCAUUACAAGGGUGAAUGCUUUGUUGCCUUUUUCAGAUUUGUAGCUUGUGGUGCAAGUCGCAAGAGCAGGUGUUGGAUUAAUUUCACCUAUAAAUCACUAAAGUACAUUUAACAUUGAUUUCUGGGUAAUGCUUCAAUGAGCAUAUCUGAUUAUGCUCAUUUUUGUACUCUUGAGCAUUUAUGGUUAAUACGGCGUUAGGAGGAUCUUGGUAACAGUAUGUGCGUAGUUGUUCUGAGGAUACAAGUGCUGUUAAUGAUGUUCCGCUUUAGGGGUGUGCGAUAUUUAUUACAGUAUAUAUUAUAAUACCGGAAUUGUGGUUUUAACUAUGACGUUGGCACUAAUAUUGUAACUAAACAAAGCAGAAACACGUUAUGAGAAUCAGUUUCAGUUCAGUUUCCUUUAAUUAUGUCUUUCAAAACAUCAAUGCAGAACGAAAUUACAUUGCACCAACAUCCAGCAAGAACAACAAAAUACAUCAGAAAUCAACAUAAUAACAUAAUAAAUAAGCUUUUGUAAUUUUUAAAUUAUAUAAAAAUAUAGUUAAUUAUAAAAUAUAAACCAAGUUAAAAACACAGACAGGAAUUAAUAAUACUUAAAUACGUAUUGAGACUCCAGAGUCUUUGAAUCCAUGAUGAAUUAUAGUGUCGAUUAAAUAGAAUUUAAGUAAUGAAAUCAAAAUAAAUUGGUGUAUUUUUGAUGUUUGUUAUUGGCAAUAUUACACAAGAGUGCCGUUUCCUGAAUAUAAGCACUUCAGCAUGAUUGCAGAUACUGGUUUUGUUUAACAAUUUUUCUUUUAAAGUUGAUAUUAAGUUACGUUUUACACAUAAAAUUGUCCCAUUUUCAGUUCUGCCAAUAAAAACAGUUUCAAGCUAAACCAUAUUUGCAGCAACAAUGCAGUGUUUAGUUUCUACAUGAAUCUGUUUUUGAAAUGAUUAUGUCAAGGAUUCAUUAAUGACAGUCACUAGCUUUGUUUCUGAAUGAAUCACUUGAAUAAAUGAAUCAGUGACUGCAUCCAAAAUCACAUGCUGUUCUUUGCGACUGCUACUGAUUUUGUUUACAAUUUUUCUUUUAAAGUUGAUAUUGAGUUACAUUCUACAUACAAUAUUGUUAGUUUUUCAGUUUCGCCAAUGAAAACAGUUCCCAACUAAACCAUAUUUGCAGCAAUAAUGCAGUGUUUAGUUGCUAAACGAAUUAAGUCAGUGAUUCGUUAAGUCUGUGAUUCAUUAAUGACAGUCACUAGCUUUGUUUUGAAUGAAUCAUCAUUUUUGAAUGAAUCACUUGAAUGAAUGAACCAGUUACUGCAUCCAAAAUCACAUGCUGUUCUUUGCGACUGCUAAUAAAGGAUGUUAUUGGCCAUUUAAAUGUAAUCUUGAUGUACUAAAUUCGCCAUAUUGAGAAUUUCAUCUGAGACUGAAUCCUUGAUAAAUUAUAGUGUCAUUCGAAUAGAACUCAAGUUAUGAAAUCAAAAUAAAUUGGUGCAUUUUUUAUGUUUGUUAUUGGCAAUAUUACACAAGAGUGCCAUUUCCUGAAUAUAAGCACAUCAGCAUGAUUGCAAAUACUGAUUUUGUUUAACAAUUUUCUUUUAAAGUUGAUAUUGAGUUACAUUUUACACACAAUAUUGUCCGCUUUUUAGUUUUCGCCAAUAAAAACAGUUUCAAGCUAAACCAUAUUUGCAGCAAUAAUGCAGUGUUUAGUUUCUAAAUUAAUACAUUUUUGAGAUAAUUAAGUCAGGGAUUAAUGACAGUCACUAGCUUUGUUUCUGAAUGAAUCAUAAUUUUUGAAUGAAUCACUUGAAUGAAUGAACCAGUUACUGCAUCCAAAAUCACAUGCUCUUCUAGAGUGGCUAAUUAUUUUGAUGAAGUACUUUGUGACUGCUAAUAAAGUAUGUAUAGGCAAUAUAAAUAUAAUCUUGACGUACUAUAUUCGCCAUAUUGAGAAUUUCGUUGUGCUGUUUUUGGCCUACCUGUAGGGAGGUAUGCAAUUUUGGAUACAGCCAAUGAAUCACUCCUAAUGACAGGGAAUUGUCACCACCUACAGGCAGUUUUAGUAUCCUGAACAAAGCUAAACUAUUCAAAACACCAGCGUAAACAUGUUUGUUUUAACAUUGCACACCCCUAUCUCGGUUCUUUAUUUCGUUGACUGCACUAAACACACUGUUGAAUUGCUUUUUGACACCAAAUCUGGUUUCAUCGUAGCUCUCAGGUUUUAGGGCUUUUUGUUUACGUGAUACAACAAUGCUUGUUGACGUCUUUAGUCGACUUUAAAGGAGUGAAUGUACCUAAAAGACAUUUGCUUGUACGAGAGCCCAUUUACAACCACUUUUACAGAGCCUGUUUAACGCUGUCAUAGUCAUGGACUAUUGUUUCCGCCAAAUAUUUCAGCUGUUUAGAGACAUAACGUCAGGUGCUACAUGUUUUUUGCUCAGAUCCUUCACUCAUUUUGUAUAUGACAGUGUUAUUAGGGCCUCAGGUAAAAUGUUGUACUUGAUUUCUUUUCUAGAAAAGUCCCUUCACCUCACAGUCUCACUGUUUUUGCCAUACCACGGGUAGCAUGCGCAUACUUAGUGUUCAAGCUUGCUCAAGAUGUUUAGUUGUGGUGGGCCUGGUCGUCACUGCCAUUGGUUUUUUCAAUCCGUGUGGUUAGGCUGGCUAAAACUGUAAAAUAUUGUGAAUAAAAUUUCAGAUGAAAAUAACA